AAGUACUAAUACGCAAUGCCCACAAGGCGCCGCUCAGUGAGCAUCGGACUCAAAAUGACUGGAGUCUCCGUCCUGAGCGCCCUCUUGGCUCUCGCUCUUGGCUCUUCCGAAAGCGCCGCCCGCAAUGCCACGGAGGAUGCCCUACGUUACCUACCCUGCCCCGAACCCGCGACCAUCCACCCCUGCGUCUGCACCGUGGACGAGGACCACAGCAUGGACAUGGACUGCUCCCUAGUGCAGAGCGAGGACCAGCUGGCCAGGAUCUUCUCCUCCGACAUUCCCUUCACGAGGUUCCGCAGAUUAGUUAUCAUGAACAACCGGAAUCUGAUGGCUCUGCGAAGCGGCGACUUAGGCGUGGCGUCUUUCGAGACAAUUUUCAUACAGGGCGGCAUCCUGGAAGAAGUGCUUGCCCAGACAUUAUCCAGCAGCUAUUCCUCCGCCACUCACAUCGAUCUCAAUGAUAACCGAGUGUUAGACUUUCCCUUCCUAGAACUGCCGUUGUUUACGUCCCUUCGCUCCUUGAAGCUAAGUAUGAACUGGCUCUCCGAAUUUCCAACGCUGCAGUCAAGCGUCCUGCAACACAUUGAAUUAGAUAAAAACUCUUUUGAUAGAAUUCCAGCCGAUGGUUUCACAUUUCUGACGAAUGUUGAAACAAUAAGCUUGUCUAACAACCAUUUACAAAUGAUUCUGCCAGGAACCUUCUUGGACCUUCCCUUCCUCCGGGAACUGCACCUUAACAACAACCAGCUGAGUUACAUCUCGCCAGGAACCAUUGCAGAGUUCAAAGGAGGGCUGCUCGACUUGAAGGAGAAUUCACUUACAGUCCUCGAUGAAGAGGUCUUCCGGCCGUUUGUGCAGGGAGGAACCACGGUCGCCUUGAAUGGCAAUCCUCUCCGCUGUGGCUGCGACAUCGCCUGGCUGGUCGUGAACGGCGCCUUCGUGGACCUCAUCUCCGACGGAACCACCUGCUCCGACGGGGAGUUCCUGGCCGACCUCGACCCGAGCAUUUUCCUGGAUCUCUGUUGAAGGUGUUUCCCGGCGCGCUAGUUCUCAGCGAGAAGUCUUCUUUAUGUCAGCCGGAGGACGGUCUUCAAACACCGCGCAAUGCAUGAAUCAGAAUAAUAUUUUUCUUCCAAAAUUUUCUUUAUAAAUUAGAAAAUCACAUAAACUGUCGAUCUCUAC